CUCUUUAUACUUGAGGGCACAUUCUGUCCUUUUAUCUUCUAGUUAUUCUAUUAUCAGUCCUAUCUUUAUUAUAAAUUACCAAGCAAAAAAGCUUUGUCUACUAAUAUAAAGAAAACAAUUUUAAGGGGUGGUUUUUUUGAGCCCUCUCAGCACCUUAGUCUACUAAUACCAAAAAAAAAGAAAUGAAAAGGAAAAAAGAAAGAAGAAAAAAGGAAGAGGAAAAGGAGAAAGCAGCAGAGGAAGAGGUGCAAGAGAGAAAGGAGACAAAAGUCCACAGUGGAGGUGGAGGAAAGAGGGGUAGGAAGACCUCUGACUGCUAAAACCCACUCUGUGGUUUUCAAACACCAAAUGUAACAGUCCUGAAGGCAUGAGCAAUGACGAAAGUGGGGAGAUGGGGUUUUAACAAGACCAAAGAACAGUUUGAGGGCUGAGAGCUCAUUCAACGUGAGCCCCCAGUCGGAGAGCAAGAAAGAACUUCUGCCCUGAGGAGAGUGAGGCCAAGGACCAGCAGAGUCAACACUUGCUUCGAGUUCCCAGGCCUGCUAACAAUGUGCAGGAUGCUGAUGGCAUCUGGCAGAGGCUGCUGUGCCCUGGCCAUCCUGCUGGCAUUUGUGGACAUCCAACCUGGUGGAUGCAUGCACAUCACCAGCUCAGCUUCCCAGGAAGGAAACCGACUAAACUUAAUCUGUACUGUGUGGCAUGAGAAAGAAGAGGCUGAGGGGUUUAUAGUGUUUUUGUGCAAGAACAGGCCUAAGAACUGUUCCCCAGAGACCAGCUUGGAACAGCUGAGACUUAAACGUGAUCCUGGUGUUGGUGAAAAAUCAUCUCAGUUGGUGUUCACCAUAAACCAAGCCACACCAUCGGACAGUGGGACCUACCAGUGUUGUGCCCAAAGUCAGAAGUCAGAUAUCCGUCUUCAGGGCCAUUUUUUCUCCAUUCUUGUCACAGAGACAGGGAACUACACAGUGACAGGACUGAAACAAAGACAACACCCCGAGUUCAGCCAUAGUGAAGACACUCUCAGUUCAGGUUUCCGUUUCCUACAAGCAAAAAUCUGGGUGAUGCUGGUCACCAGCCUGGUGGCCCAAGGUAUGUCCAGAAGAGCCUCAAGCACUCCAAACAAUGAGGGUGCUAUUAUAUAUCUGACACCUUGGUUAUUCUCUAGGACAAAAAGGUUGAAAGGGAAGCCCAAGGGGAGAGAAAAAUGCUCAAGCCCUGGCUAUCCACAGGAAAAUUCACACCAAUAUGCGGGUGAAACAGGUCCAAAAGUAUUAAAGACUUCAUAUAUCUAGAGGAAGAUAGAUGAAUCAGACUUUCCAGUGGGUAGGAGGUAAGACAUGUCAGGAAAGAAUGCCUGUGGGAGAGGCAAGUUAAUAGAGCUGCCUCUACUUGCUGCAUGAAUAGAGGACUAACAAGUUGAGGCAACAGAUUUUUGGCUGCUAUAUGAAGAACAAGGCAAAAGACAAAUAUGAUCUAGAGGUGGGUUCUGAACAAUGCAGUUUCCCAGCAAAGGCACGGCCAGAUUGAGUAUAUUACAUACUCGUAGCUGAGUUCUCUGAGCACCGUUUAUCAAUACGGAUCAUGGUUUUCCCUCUUAGAUAACAAAAAGAUUGGAACGUUCAAUUAAUUUGCCACUAUGUUUUUGCAUAGCAAGUAACUGAUUCAGGCUUUUGCCUGUCCUUGGCAUUCUUUAUUCCAUUUUAUUUAGGCUUUCCUCAAAUCAAUAACUACCACUGUUUUGAGUGUCACCAGAAUGUAGGCUCUAUACAUGUAGGGGUUUUGUCUUGUUUAUUCUAGCAAAAAGACAGUACCAAACACACAGUAGACUCUUAAUAAAUUUGUUAAAGAAUUUGUAUGAUGGGUCAGAUGCUUUAGAUAUGGUGAUUCUAACCUCAUACCACCCUUCCAAACAUCCCGAUUAUUCAUCAGGAAACAGGCAUAAAGGAGUUAAAUGCUGCCCUUCAUAGGAAUCCAAGUCCUUCUCACUCUAAAACCUUACACUCUCAGUA